UCAGGUUAUACAAAAUUACAAAUCUAACUCCGUAAACUAAACAUCCUUUGGCCAAUUAGGAACGGAAUGGUUUUUUCCGACCAGGUCUAUAGAAUCAAAUGGGCAGGAAACCAAUCCAUCUCUGACACAAAUGAAAAACAGCCAAAAGCUGCAGAAUUUCCGACAUCUUCUUUUUAUCUCCGCCGUGAUGUCCACCGCCGACCGCCGUACCAGAUAGCACAAACUUUCGAAUAACACGCUGACUGGGUCGGCGGGUAUCCUCAGGGUCAGACAGUGCCAGAGAAAACUCAUAGCGAUCAGGAAUUCAAUAGCGAAGCAGAGAUUAUGAUGGAUCCUUACCACCACCACCACCACCACCACCAGAACCCUCCUCUUCGCGACGAUCAUCUCCGUUACCUUACCGGAACCACCGCUGGCGCUCUCUACGUCAAAGUCAUGACCGACGAGCAAUUGGAGACUCUUCGCAAGCAAAUUGCUGUUUACGCCACCAUUUGCGAGCAGCUUGUUGAGAUGCACAAGACUCUUACUGCUCACCAGGAUCUCAAAGGAAUGAGGUUGGGUAGUGUGUACUAUGAGCCAUUGAUGGCAUCUUCCAGCCACAAAAUUACUUCUAGACAGCGAUGGACUCCGUUGCCCGUGCAACUUCAGAUCUUGGAGCGUAUAUUCGAGCAAGGGAAUGGAACUCCUAGCAAGCAAAAGAUCAAAGAGAUUACCUCUGAACUGGGUCAACAUGGGCAAAUUUCUGAAUCAAAUGUCUAUAAUUGGUUCCAAAACAGGCGUGCUCGAUCAAAGAGGAAGCAGCAGGGUACAGCGCCUACGUAUGGUGAAUCAGAAUUGGAGACAGAAGUCGAGUCGCCGAAAGAUAAGAAGACAAAACCUGUGGAUUUUCAAACUCCUCAAACCUCUGCACCUUUGGGGGAGGACAUGGGCUUCCAGAGUCCUGAGAUGCACUAUGAACUGCAUUUCCUGGAUCCAAAUACCAACAAAGCUGAUACUUUGUUUCCAUCAAAUGGAAGUUCAAAAACCGCAAGAACUUUUAGUCAGAUGUCUUCUUAUGAAGCAGGGAAUGAACAGCUGACAGGAAAGAUCGAGACACCAGAAAACUAUAGUCUUUACUCGCAAGCAGAAGGAUGCAUGGCCGAACAACCCUGAAUUCUUUUACAGUUGACACAAAAGUGUUCUUGUCUUAUUACGAAUAUGCUGGACUUCUAGCUUUCAUGUGACUAGUCCAUUAUUGAAGGAAACGGUGAUGAUGAUGUUGAUGUCGAUGAUGAAGGUGGCAACUUGUGUGCUCGUAUCUGGUCGUGAUUCGUGGAUUGUCGGAGUGUUCAGUCUUGAGUAAUGUAUUUUGGUUGGAUUGUAUUUGGAGAUGAGCUUUGAGAGUUGAUUAGUUGAUUGAGCCAUUGACAGUGUUGUAGUUUUGUUAAAUGGCCCCUCUAAGGAGAGAAGGCCAUUUGUAAAAGAACGCGUUUGUAUGGAAAAGAGAUUGCAAAGGCGAUCCUCAACCUCAUUCCUUUUA